AAAAACAAUUAAGUUGAGUCAAAAGUAGUGAGAAUUAAACCAGUUGAGACUAAGAAUAAUAGCUGAAUCGUCGAAAUAUUCGAAAAAUCAAGCUGUUUAUAAUCGACUUCAGAAAAUGAAACAAAAUUCACCGCACUGUGAUUGGCUGCUUUAUUAACAAACACAGUUAAAAUCACUAGGGUUGAACAAUUUAUAUUUUGUGCAGCAGUGUGCUCUAGCGUCAGUCGGCAAACAAAAAGGUGAAAAGAAAGUGCAAACAUUUUGAUCAUAACUGGAAGGCUGUGAAGCAGUACACAAUUAUCACAUAUAAAACAGACUGAAACAAGAGACGACGUGCAAUUUCCCGUCUAUGCGUUGAUAGAGAAUCGUCUUCCGGGAGCUCGGAGGAGAAAUAAGAAAGGUUUUAGUGACAAGAAUCUCCUUCAUGUACAUUCACUGAAUUCAUUCACUGAAUUUUUAGCAGAAACGAUUCGUCUCGACGAGCACUAGCCAACCAGUGAUCAGCUUUAGUGAUUUUUUCAGUCAACAAGCUGUCACCUACACCUAUUCUAAAUACAGCUGAAAACUUCAGUCGAGCCGUUGAAUGAAGGGUGCCCUCAAUUCCUAGAAACAAUGGAAGUGAACUCAAGCUAUACGCAAGUUAAUAACAGUGUCUGUGCACAUCUACCAUACACCGUUAACAUGGUCCCGUACGUCCAUGAAGGAGGCCCCGAGGCUGUUACAAUCUUGACUUGUGUGUUCAACGCCGUAUCGUGCUUGUUUACUUUGAUAGGCAACCUUUUGGUGUUUGUUGGAGUUUUGAGUAAACGUGAUCUACGUACAGUACACUACACUUCGAUAUUAUUCUUAGCAUCAACGGAUUUAUUGAUUGGAAGUAUUGCGCAACCUGCAUUUGUAAUCUUUCAAAUCAGUAAACUAGGUUCUSGAUCCGGAUUCUCAUGUGURGCACUUGCGGUUUAUACAUCUACUGUUUUUCUAUGUACAGGUCUGUCCAUUUUAACUCUUAUUGUUAUAACUUUGGAAAGAUACUUUGCCAUAUUUUAUCCUUUUAAAUACCAAAACCUAGUGACAAAGGCAAGGAUGAUUGGAUUGAUWCUUUUAGUAUGGUUGGUAUGGACGGUGUUUAUUACUUUAAUUCGAUUCACCACGACUACAACAACCUCUACGCUUGGCACUAUCGCUACGAUCUUGAUUCUAACCUGUUUGUUGAUAACAUUGUUUGUGUAUUUAAGGGUUCAGAAACUUGUCCUAAGAAACCGCAGAGCUGCAGCCCCCAGGCCAGCCCUCUCGGGAAUGACCAGUUGUAACAGCGAAUCAUCGCCACAAGAUAGAAACAUCCCUGAAACCAAGAGCUCUCGAACUGUGGGCAUUUUAACCGGAACACUAGCUCUGUGUCUUUUGCCAACAAUAAUCGCCUCUGCGAUCAUACAAACUAAAGCUACCAAUAAAGAGACUUUAUAYCAUGUUAUCUAUCCACUGACAGACACUGCCGUUAUACUCAAUUCAACAUUGAAUCCUUUUGUAUAUGUAAUUCGAAGUAAUAUUAUUAGAAGAAGUAUCAGGGACUUCAUCAAGCGAUAUACCAAUUGCUAACUACAAAUUCACCGGAAAAAAUAUCGAAAAAAAAUUGGGCACUGUAAAAAUAGAAAUUAAUUGUUGAGCUAGUCCUAAAAAAAUACGAUAAUUAAAACACAAUUGUACAUAAUUAAAUUUUCAUCAAUUUUUAAACUAUACGUAAUCCAUGUUUAUUAUGUUUUAUGUAUUAUACUCAAUUAACUUAGUGAAAUAAAAUCAGCUUUAUUGCUUUUUGAACUUAA